AUGGCCGAACCCAGCGCCAGGUAUCAGCAGCUGCCGAAUGAGGAGGACCCAGAGGAGCGGCCAGAAGCUGCAGCCGACGCUCCACCUCCUCCCUACAGCAGCGUCACAGAAAGCAACGCAGCAUUCUUCCAGUACAAGGACGAUGGGAGUUUCCCGAAGCCUCCCUCCUACAAUGUGGCCACUUCUCUGCCGUCGUACGAUGAGGCCGAGCGCUCCAAGGUGGAGACCACGGUUCCCCUGGUAACGGCCAGAGAUGACGACUUUGUGACCAGAGACGACUUCGAAGACGCCGAUCAGCUGAGGAUAGGAAACGACGGGAUCUUCAUGCUCACCUUCUUCAUGGCCUUCCUGUUCAACUGGAUCGGCUUCUUCCUGUCCUUCUGCCUGACCACUUCAGCCGCCGGACGUUACGGCGCCAUCUCUGGGUUCGGACUGUCCCUCAUCAAGUGGAUCCUCAUCGUCAGGUUCUCCACAUAUUUCCCCGGAUAUUUCGAUGGGCAGUACUGGCUGUGGUGGGUCUUCCUGGUCAUGGGCUUCAUGCUUUUCCUCCGAGGCUUCAUCAACUACGCCCGGAUUCGCAAAAUGGCAGAUUCCCUCUCCACGCUGCCUCGCACUCGAGUCCUGUUCAUCUACUGA